UUCCAGGUGCUUACUUCUGCUUGAGUCUGAUUAUGAUCACCCUCUCGACUGUACUGGCGUGUGUAGUUGCCAAUAUGUACUUCUUACUGGAGUCCGAGUCAACAGGGCGCCAAGAUGGCUCAGAUCUUGUGUAAUCGACAGUGCUGCAAAGAUGCUGUGUGUUCGUGAGGUUCUACAAGCCAACCAGAUUCACCGCACUACUCCCCAAAAGACGUGGUCGACAUAUGUCACAGGUGUCCGGAGUCAGUCAGAUCCAGAAACACUUGUAGCUAAAAUACAUCUUCUACAUGGCCAUGACGGAUCCAAACAAGAAAUGAGAAACUACAGUACAUUUCAGGAUGUGACAUCUGACUUUUGCACAGAGCCGUCCACUUCAACUGCGUGUGCGUCAACCAGUGAAGAGACGAAUCUAGUGGAUGAGGUGACCAGUGUCAGGGAGCUGAUCGAUGAAGAAAUGAAUUUGCAGGACAGCAUGGAACAGAGCAAGAAAUACACGCAUGAAUGGCGGAUGAUUGCAUGCGUUAUGGAUCGCAUUUUCUUCACAUUGUACAUUUCUGUCAAUGUUAUUGGACUGCUGACUUUGUUUUUACAGAAUUACUCCUCUUGACAUCAUCCUUACUUCUCUACCUCAAAAUUCGAAAGUUCUCUUUGAAAUUUUUUACCAUUUUUAGUUAUUAGGUCCAUGAGGUCGAAAAUCACAUGUUCUAUCUGCUUUAUCGAAAUUGUAAGAUUCUUAGAGGUCGUUAUCAAGAUAAUCAAAGAAUUUAAUAUUGUUCUAUCAGUAUACCUAAAGAUCAUUUUAGAAAAGAAAACUUCUAUUUGCAAGAGAAGAAUUGUGUUAUAACGUGUUGAAAUCGUGCGUUCGUCAAUUUUAGGGUAUGGAUAUUAAAACUGUUAUCAUCUUACAAACUUUGUUCAGUUAUCUUCCAAAGCUUGAGAGUCACUGGAAAUUGAAAAUGUACAUUUUGUGUGCCUUUGUUUAUGAGUACAUGUACUCUGAAAUGUGUUUCUGAAAGAACAUAAAUGUUUUAGAGAUAAAAAUAAAAAUCCACCCAAAAUACACUCUCUGACUAAGUCGACUAAA